GAUGCAUGGGAUAGCAAACCUGUAGUUCCAUGAUGUGGCUAUCAGAAACACUACUCGUGUAUUUAGUUUGAGAUCUCCUAGAGACAAAUCAAUGUUGUAGUUUGGGGAUCUAGUUAUGUGUAAGGGAUUGAGAUAUCAGACCUCAUGUCUGAUCAGGAAAAACUCAGAAUUUUGAUGGUGUCUGAUUUUUUUUAUCCCAACUUUGGUGGUGUGGAGAAUCACAUUUAUUACCUAUCGCAAUGCUUACUUAAGCUAGGACACAAGGUCGUGGUCAUGACUCAUGCUUAUGAAAACCGUUCUGGGGUGAGGUACAUGACUGGUGGCCUGAAAGUUUACUAUAUACCGUGGAAACCAUUUCUUAUGCAGAACACAUUGCCCACUUUUUAUGGGACACUUCCAAUUGUAAGGACAAUUCUUGUUCGGGAAAAGAUAUCUUUGGUGCAUGGACAUCAAGCCUUCUCAACUCUUUGUCAUGAGGCUCUGAUGCAUGCACGCACUAUGGGAUACAGAGUUGUAUUUACUGAUCAUUCACUUUAUGGUUUUGCUGAUGUGGGGAGCAUUCACAUGAACAAGGUAUUGCAAUUCACUCUAGCAGAUGUUAGCCAGGCCAUUUGUGUUUCUCAUACAAGUAAAGAGAACACAGUUCUAAGGUCAGGACUGCCACCAGAAAAGGUUUUUGUUAUACCAAAUGCUGUCGACACAGCGAUGUUCAAGCCUGCUCCAGAGCGACUCAGCAGUGAUGAAAUUGUUAUAGUUGUGAUAAGUAGAUUGGUUUAUCGGAAGGGUGCAGAUCUGCUUGUUGAAGUUAUACCUGAAGUAUGUCGCCUGUAUCAAAAUGUUCGUUUUAUUGUUGGAGGAGAUGGACCAAAGAGAGUUCGGCUGGAAGAGAUGAGGGAAAAGCACUCUCUCCAAGAUCGAGUUGAUAUGUUAGGUGCUGUUCCACAUGCCAAAGUACGGUCAGUCUUGAUUUCUGGCCAUAUAUUCUUAAACAGUUCUUUAACAGAAGCAUUUUGCAUAGCCAUACUGGAGGCUGCUAGUUGUGGAUUAUUGACAGUCAGUACACGUGUGGGAGGUGUCCCAGAGGUUCUACCAGAUGACAUGAUUGUUCUCGCUGAGCCAGAUCCUAGUGAUAUGGUACAAGCAAUCAAGAAGGCAAUAGACAGACUUCCUCAAAUUGACCCUCAAGCUAUGCACCUUCGCAUGAAAAAACUGUACAGUUGGCAUGAUGUUGCCAAAAGGACAGUGAUUGUGUAUGACCGUGCUUUGAGAUGCUCCGGUCAGAAUCUUUUAGAACGACUAUCCCGAUACAUGACAUGUGGAGCUUGGGCGGGCAAACUUUUUUGCUUGGUUAUGAUCAUUGAUUUUUUGUUGUGGCAUCUGUUGCAACAAUGGCAGCCUGAUUUCGAUAUCGAGCCAGUACCUAAUAUUGAUUUAACACAAUGUCAACACGAAGAGAUAUCGUGGGAUUUCAAUGAGGCCGAAAGCUUGAGAUAGUUUCCAGAGGCUCAAUAGUAAGAAUCUUUGCUUUGUUACUUACUUAAACUAGGCCAUUCAGUAUAUAAAGGUAGGAUGUUUGGGUUUAAUACAAGUUCCCUGCUGUUUAUGUCGUUUUACAUGAGAGUCCAAAACCCGAUCUUUGUAUGUCAUUCAUUCCUUUACCCUGCAAGUUAAUUCACAUCUACAACAUAUGUUGUUAUACCAGCAUGCUGCUGCUUUGACUGAUAAUCCCCUGAGCUAAUGUGGAAUGGGGAUACAUACCCAAAGGUGCAUUACAGAGAAUUCAGAAACUUAAACAUGAAGCAUUUGUCCAACCAACCAUUUUGUUUCCCAAUUUUGAGAGUGAAAUUUGCAGCAUCUCAAAUGUUCAGCUCAAAGAAAUUGACAUGCAUUUAGGGAUUGUGCCAUUAGGCAACCAACUAGUGUAGGACAGAUUUAGCAAGCAGGGACAAGAUCGGGAACCAUGACCAGCCCUCCGGAUAUCAUUUUUUCGCCUUACUAAAUGACUUGUUUAUUCGAUCAUCGUAAAAUGAUCGAUAACAGGAUCUAACUGAUGUAAUAUCUUUAUUGGUGCAUUUUGUGGAAGCAUAUUUACUUUUUGCCUUGUUACAGGUAUGCACUAACUAAUUUGAUGGCUUGCAUUGUUGUUAAAGGCCACCGUUGGGAGGAAUAAGCGUAAAUGGAGAUCUUGCAAAGUCCUGUAGCCUUGGACUAUUGCACAGUACUCGUUUCAAUGCCCAUCAAUUUGUAAGGGUCUUGGUCUGAACUAAGUCAUUGCCAACACCCCGGAACCAUCUAUUGUCUAGGAUGUUAAAUUGCGUGUUUAUACGGACAGAUUACUGUCUGAAAUCAGUGUGGGACUGGGGAAGAUUAUGAUGGCGAUGUGAUAUCUCGGUGUGGUUGAUUCUUGGACUCCCAACUUGUGAUGUAUUGCUUGGAUGGAUGUAUAUUUUGACUUCUAAACUCGCUACAUAUGGACGCUUCAAGCAUUAGGUAUUGCCUCGUUUGGUCAAUAGCAAUAACUAAAUUGCUUUUGUUUUCAAGUUCUUUCAUGUAUGUUCAAUUGUUCAUUAAGAAGGCAUAGUCCCCGCAACAAACUCAAG